CAUUAACGACUCAGAAGUACAGAGAAGAACAGAUCUUGAAUUAAUUCGUUUUAAAGAUCACGUCUAUAACUUGGUCCUUCCAAUAAAACCCAAUUUGUCCUUUAAAAAAGCCAUACAUCCACCACUGGGCUCCAAAUUCGACACAGAAACAAGCCGCUCUCCCAAUAUGGCCGACCCUGGCUUAAAUCAACUUUUACAAUGGAGCAUCGAAAAUUCAGAUGCAGGUCGAACAUCAGAUCAGCCGGCGCGCGAACCUAAGGGACUGUCAGCAGAUGCGUUACGGGCUUUGAUGGGCGGCCCAAGCGACGCCGACCUGAUGCGGGAAGCCAUGUCCAUUAUCGUCUCAACGGACCCCGAAGUAACCCAUGAAUCCAAAAUGACAGCCUUUGACAAUUUCGAACAAUUGAUUGAGAAUCUCGACAAUGCCAACAACAUGGAGCCACUUGGCCUAUGGACUCCAAUGGUCUCACAAUUGGAAAGCGAGGUGGCAGAUUACCGACGGAUGGCUGCUUGGUGCUUGGGAACAGCAGUUCAGAACAACGACAAGGCUCAGGAGAGGCUUUUGGCCGUCAACGGCGUCAACAAGAUUGUCACAGUAGCUCUUGAAGACUCGGACACCACCGUCAGACGGAAGGCAAUCUAUGCUCUCAGCUCCAGCGUUCGGAAUUAUCAGCCCGCCCUAAACGAGGCCGUCAAAAAACUGCCCAAGGACAUUGUUGGAGGCAAUCAGGUGUCUGCCUCGGAUAUGGACGCUAUUGAUGCCAUCAUGGGAAAGCUCAGAGAACGAACUUGAAGGCAUGAUCGACCAGACUCAUAUCAUUCCUUAAGUUCAUCAAUUUUCCGGCGACCUACGUCGCAAAUCGGACAAGAGUAUCCAAGGCUCCCCAAAAUCACGAUCUCGAGUCAUAACGGUCACUCCGAAAUGCAGAGCCAGUGUGACGCUCUUGGAGUCGAAUCGAACGCCAGAGAGAUGUUCUCACAAAGAAGCGUACACAAUGGGUAUGAACCUAAUCUACCCCACUAUGUUGCAGGAAGUUUAAGCGGUUGCCUAUAAUAUGGAAGGCAACUAUGGGUGCAACGAGCCCACCAAAGAUACCCAGUGUAUUCUUGAUUAAUUGAUACAUUUGUUAUUCCCAUUAAGCGCUCAAUGAUGAUGCCAUUUUUGCUCUUCA